AUGUCUAAGGAGAGUCCCCAGACGCAAGGCUCCAAGUCUUCCACCGAUGUAUCCUAUCUGUCGCAGCCGGCCCACAGCCUCACCUACGAGGAGGUGAUCCGGGAGCUCGGCACAAACUCCGACGAUGGACUCACCUCCGGCGAAGUCAAAGAACGGCUGGAGAAGUAUGGAGGCAAUCUCUUGGAGGGAGACGAAGGCGUCUCCUUUGCGAAAAUCAUCAUUCGACAGGUCGCCAACGCCAUGAUGCUUGUCCUUAUCAUCGCAAUGGCCGUUAGUUUUGGUAUUCAAUCCUGGAUCGAAGGUGGCUUUAUUGCGGCCGUCAUCGCCCUGAAUAUCGUGGUAGGAGUCUACCAGGACUUUGCCGCUGAGAAGACAAUGGACUCUUUGCGCUCGCUCAGUUCACCUACCGGCGUGGUGACCCGCGACAGCAAGACCAUCACCGUUCCCGCGCAGGAAAUCGUUCCGGGUGACAUGGUCGAGUUGAAAGUGGGCGACACGGUGCCUGCCGAUCUCAGAUUGGUUGAAGCAAUGAACUUCGAAACCGACGAAGCCCUUCUUACUGGCGAAUCCCUCCCGGUCCAAAAAGAAGUCGACGCCACCUACGACGUCGACACUGGCCCCGGCGACCGGUUGAAUAUCGUCUACAGUUCCUCCACCGUCACCCGAGGCCGCGCUCGGGGCGUUGUUGUUGGCACUGGAAUGAAAACUGAGAUCGGAGCCAUCGCUGCUGCCCUUCGAGGAGGUGACUCCAAGCGUCGUCCUGUCAAGCGUGGCCCUGAAGGCGAAACCAAGAAGCGCUGGUAUAUUCAGGCUUGGACCUUGACGACAACUGAUGCGAUCGGCCGCUUCCUCGGUAUCAAUGUCGGUACUCCUCUCCAGCGCAAGCUCUCGAAACUGGCCCUGCUCCUGUUCGGUAUCGCGGUGGUCUUUGCCAUUGUUGUCGCGGCAUCAAACGACUGGCGUGGUGACAAUGAGGUUAUUAUCUAUGCUGUUGCCACAGGUUUGGCGAUGAUUCCGGCUUGCUUGGUUGUCGUUUUGACAAUUACCAUGGCCAUGGGCACACGGCAGAUGGUGCAGCGACACGUUAUUGUCCGCAAGCUAGAUUCUCUCGAGGCUUUGGGAGCUGUCACUAAUAUCUGCUCGGAUAAGACGGGCACUCUGACACAAGGCCGUAUGGUCGCGAAGCGUGCUUGGUUGCCUUCAGUGGGAACUUAUUCGGUCGGAUCAUCGAACGACCCCCUGGACCCCCAGGAAGGAGAGUUGAGCCUGACAGAUGCAGCACCAGUUGAACUCGGAGCGGAAUCUCGCGGUGGCGAUCCUGCGCAGCCGGAUGCCCUUAUCAAAGACAAUGAAUUGCUUAAAUCAUUCUUGGAUGUCGCUGCCAUGGCUAACCUGGCUCAUCUGCAUAAGUCUGCCAACGAGGGAUGGCAAGCUCGUGGCGAGCCGACCGAUAUUGCUAUCCAGGUUUUUGCGUGGCGAUUUGACUGGGGGAUCGACCGCUGGACUAAAGGCGAGAAGCCCGUCUGGCGUCAAAUGGCCGAGUAUCCCUUCGACUCUAGCGUGAAGAAGAUGUCCGUCGUAUUUGCCAAGCGUGAUGAGGAAACCGGGGAUACUCGUGAGAUGGUCUUCAGUAAAGGUGCCGUUGAGCGUGUGCUCGAUGCUUGCACGACCAUCUAUUGGGUUUCUAACUCUUCCCCUGUUGAGCUGAAUGACGAAAUUCGCGAGAAGAUCCUUGAAAAUAUGGAGGCACUGGCAAAGGAAGGUCUUCGUGUUCUCGCUCUCGCUGGCCGUGAGCACAGUGGAAGCAAGGAAAGUGACGGGCCGCUUCCUCGUGAGGAAGUUGAAAAGGAUCUUGUUUUUUACGGAUUGAUCGGACUUUACGAUCCUCCUCGUCCUGAGACUGCUGGUGCUAUCGCCCAGUGCUACAAGGCCGGUAUCUCCGUCCACAUGGUUACCGGUGACCACCCUGGCACUGCCCGCGCAAUCGCCGCACAAGUCGGCAUCAUCCCUGCGAACAUGGAUAUGGUUGCCAAGGACGUGGCUGAUGCGAUGGUUAUGACUGCCGGAGAAUUUGACAAGCUGUCCGAAGACGAAAUUGACAAUCUGCCUACCCUGCCCCUUGUCAUCGCCCGUUGCGCGCCGAACACCAAGGUCCGAAUGAUCGAUGCUCUGCACCGUCGUGGCCGCUACGUCGCCAUGACAGGUGACGGUGUGAACGACUCUCCCUCGUUGAAGCGUGCUGAUGUCGGUAUUGCUAUGGGUCAGAACGGUUCUGAUGUGGCUAAGGAUGCAUCGGAGCUUGUCUUGACGGAUGACAACUUCGCUUCUAUUAUCAACGGUAUUGAAGAGGGACGCAGAAUUUUUGAUAAUAUUCAGAAAUUCGUUCUGCAUUUGCUCGCAGAAAAUGUCGCUCUGGCAAUUACGUUGCUUAUUGGCCUUGCCUUCAAGGAUGACACCAACCAGUCUGUCUUCCCCAUCGCCCCCGUCGAGAUUAUUUGGAUUAUUAUGAUUACUUCCGGACUCCCCGAUAUGGGACUUGGAAUGGAGCGUGCAGCUCCAGAGGUCAUGGACCGCCCUCCUCAGAGCAAACAAGGAAUCUUCACCUGGGAAAUCAUCAUCGACACCCUUGUCUACGGAGUCUGGAUGGCUGCCCUCUGCCUGUCCGCCUUCGCCCUCGUCAUGUUCCGCUGGGGCGACGGCAAUCUCGCCAUGGGCUGCAACACCCACUACAACGACGCCAGCACAGACUACACCUGCGACACCGUCUUCCGCGCUCGCGCCACAACAUUUACCUGCAUGACCUGCUUCUUCCGCAUGCAGCCUGACUCCAAGCGCUACUUCACCCAAUGGAUGUUCGAUAUCUGGAGCAACCGCUUCCUCUUCUGGGGUAUCAUGGCUGGCUUUGUGCUUGCAUUCCCCAUCCUGUAUAUUCCUGUGAUCAACCACAGUGUUUUCAAGCACACUUCCAUCUCGUGGGAAUGGGGUAUUGUCUUUGUUGAGACUGUGCUGUUCUUCCUUGGUAUCGAGACCUGGAAGUGGUGCAAGCGGAUUUAUUUCCGGCGCCAGGCGAAGAAGCCGGAGAAAGAUGAUAAGGGGGGUGAGAGGGCUUACCUUGGAGACUUUAAUCGGUAUAUCUCUAUGGAUCGGUCGGAUACUCAGGCUUCCAGCGGUAUGAAAACUGAAAAGUCCAUGGUUUGA